AAUGAAAAAUCUUUGAAACGGGAAUAUAAAAUAUUUAGGGCUAGUUCCAAAAAUUUUUCUUCUUACAAAUAUCGCCAUUGAUUUUCAUACAUAAAUUAACUAAAUUCUAUCGAAUUAUGAAAAGUUCCUAUUUUGAUGCUACCUGCUUUGCAUGCAGUAUCAAAUUUCCACAUGAUUUAGGGUUCUACUAAUUUAUAUUUGUUGUUUUAUCUUUAGCUUUAUCGAUACGGUUCUGGCAGAUUCAAAGGAGGUCGUGUCUUUCCCUCAAAUUAUAGUCUUACGAAGUAAUAUUUGAUAUGCCCAUUAAAAAUUGAGGUGUUCAGCUCAAUGGGUUUCUGGAUUUUUGCAAUUGUUGCUUGAAUUUAUUGUUCCUGUUGCAAUUGCUGCAAUGCACAAAUGCUAGGGUUUUCGUUCGCAGAAGUGUUCUUUUGGGUAAUUUAGAAUAGUUUAGGAGUGAAUGUAUCCUCUUGGCAUGGAUUAUUCGCGCGAAAGUGGGAUGGUGUUGAUUCCCACCCGUUUUGUGUGGCCUUAUGGUGGGAGAGUUGUGUAUAUCAGUGGCUCGUUUACGGGGUGGACGCAAUGGCCAAUGACACCGGUUGAGGGUUGCCCUACUGUAUUUCAGACAAUCUGUAGCUUGCCUCCGGGUUAUCACCAGUACAAAUUUGUGGUUGAUGGUGAAUGGAGACAUGAUGAGCAUCAGCCUUUUAUCAGUAGCAACAUUGGAACAGUGAACACCAUCCUUUUAACUAGGGAUUCAGAUUAUCGUCCCCCAAUUCUCAGUCCGCAAGUGCCUCCCUCUGGUCCUGGUUCCAGCAUGGAUGUAGAUAACGAGGCCUUUCAGCGUGUGGUUCGACUGUCAGAUGGUACAUCUACUGAGUCCGUCACAAUGAUAUCAGAUGCAGACUUAGAGAUUUCCCGGCAUCGUAUAACUGUGUUUAUGUCAACACACACGGCCUAUGAGUUGCUUCCUGAAUCUGGAAAGGUUAUUGCUUUGGAUGUAGACCUGCCUGUAAAGCAAGCAUUUCAUAUUCUGCAUGAGCAGGGAAUCUCCAUGGCACCCUUAUGGGACUUCUCAAAGGGCAAAUUUGUUGGAGUUCUCAGCGCAUUGGAUUUUAUUUUAAUUAUGAGAGAGCUUGGCAGCCAUGGGUCCAAUUUGACCGAGGAAGAGCUUGAGACCCACACCAUAGCUGCUUGGAAAGUGGCAAAAUCAUAUCUAAAUAGUCAAGUUAAUGGGCUAAGGAGUGCUGUUUCAAGACAACUUGUACAAGCUGGGCCAGAUGACAGUUUGAAGGAAGUUGCUUUGAAGAUUUUGCAAAAUGGUGUAGCUACGGUUCCCAUCCUUCAUUCUUCGUCAGCGGGUGGCUCAAACCCACAUUUGCUGCACCUUGCUUCACUUUCCGGAAUACUAAAAUGUAUUUGCCGGUUUUUUAAGCACUCACCAAGCUCUCUACCAGUACUUCAAUUCCCACUUUUUGCAAUCCCUGUAGGCACUUGGGUUCCAAAAAUUGGAGAGCCAAAUCGGCGGCCAUUGGCAAUGUUGAGACCGAAUGCUUCACUUAGUUCAGCAUUGAAUUUAUUAAUCCAAGCACAAGUUAGUUCGAUCCCAAUUGUUGAUGAUAAUGACUCCUUAUUGGACGUGUAUUCUCGGAGCGACAUAACUACUUUGGCAAAGGACAAAAUUUAUACACACAUUAAUCUUGAAGAAACAACUAUUCAUCAGGCAUUGCAGUACAGAGAUGACCCCUUUUCAACAUAUGGCUACACCAAUCAAAGAUGUCAUAUGUGCUUGCGGUCUGAUCCACUCCACAAGGUCUUGGAGAGAUUAUCCCAGCCAGGGGUCAGACGGCUCGUUAUUAUUGAAGCUGGGAGCAAGCGCGUGGAAGGUAUCAUUACGCUGAGUGAUAUUUUCCGGUUUCUCUUGGGCAGUUAAAACAAUGGCAACAUCAAAUGGUCCAACAAUAUCUUUCAUAUAUAAGAUUGGAUUGCCCUCUCUCGCAUGGCCUGGUUCAAGUUAAUAGGCAAAAAAACGAGGAAUUUAGGUCGAUAUUGGGGUUUGCCAGAAACCGCUGGUCUCCCUUAAGUAGUGAUUGCCAAAUUUGAGCUGAUUUUUUGUGGAGGAAAAUACAGGAGCGGCUAGUUGUUGCCGGCACCGCUGUAGAAGUUUGGGAACCAAUAAGGGAGAGAUGGUUGGGUGGAUGAAUGAUUGUAAUCUUUAUUAAUUCAGAGACAUUUCUUUGGUUGUCUAAUGAGUGGUUGUGUGGAUCACCCUCACUCUUCAUGUGGCGAUGCUUUUCGGUUAGUACCAAAGAUCAUAGAACAGUUGAUCAAGAGUUUUAACAUUACUCGUCUACUCCUGCUGUGUUAUGCCAUUGUUGAAAAGAAGAAAUAACAGAAAUGCUGCACUUGUUCAAAGAUA